AUGCAAUGCGCAGUAAGAUCAGAUUUGUCCAAGGAUUGGUUGCGAGAUGAUUUGCGAUCUGUUGGUUCUGAUCCAUCAUCAUCUAUAUUAUGUCCAACCAUAUGCCGCCGUGCUGCAUCCUUUCCAAUUGUCAGCCGACAUCAUCCGAUGUCAUCGUUAUUGAGAGUGCGCUCACAGAGCGAAUCAGAUGCGCUCAAUCGAUUAGGUGUUAUCAAUUCACGAACUACACUUACAGAACAGUUGAAAAAACGUCAGCUUAUACCAAUUACAGUUGAAAAAUCACUGGACAAUGCUGAAUCAAUAUCGCAAGGAGAAUCAAAUGCUAAUUUGGACUACAAGAAUUUUGUUGACAGUAAUGUCGAUGACUUCGAUCAGUUGGCAGUGAUUGUUGAAAAUGUAGUUGCUCAAACAGAGAAGGUUGCUAUUAGCUCAUAUAAAAGUGUACGUUUUGCCGAUGACUGCGGUAAAGAUCUGACCACAGUGCGUAUAAUAUCGGAACCUUCAGAUUAUCCACCGACCAUUAGCGCAUCAGUAAUUCGUCGAUUACUAGGAGAAACAGAUGAGAACAAAAAGUCCAGUCAGGUAUCCGGUUCAUGGGUGAUAUCGUUCAAGCAACCGGCUAGUGAAUACGUUAAGUUUCGUGAAACCUUGGAAAGGGGGUUUGUUGCGCUAGAAAAUGUUGUUCUUAAAAAUGAGAUAUGCCAUAUGGUUGGCACCAUUAAGGUCAAAAAUAUAACAUAUGAGAAGAAAGUAUUUGUACGUUUCACAUCGGAUGGAUGGAAAAGUUUUCUGGACCGUAUGGCAAUUUAUCAGCCCUCAUCAUCCAAAUUUUAUGAUACGUUUAGUUUUGAUGUUGAAUUGCCCACCAAUGGCUAUAAUCCGAAUGCACGAAUUGAAUUCUGCAUUUGCUUUGAAAUUGGCUCUUCUCAAGGUGACACAAAUCAGCAGCAAUUUUGGGAUUCAAAUAAUGGUCGAAAUUAUGUGUUAAUAAGCCAGGAAGCGCAAACUCCCAUUUCUCCAUUACCCGUAUCAUUAUCAUUUGGGAAACAUGAUCCCAAUGAUGCAUAUACAUAUGAAUUUGACGAUUGGACUAAAUUUGCAGCUUGGAAAAAUUUACCCACGGACAGUCCAUACUGGUAG